AUGUUAUUAAAAACUAAAGGUGAUGUUGAUGAUAAUAAUUUAGAUCGAAUGAAUGAGUAAAUAUUCUAGAAUUUAUGAGAGUGAUGAAACUACAAAUCUAGUGGUUCCACAAUUUCCAGAGUUCAAGCAUCCUGGAUAAGGGAAACAAGUUCUAAUGAGACCUGCAAGUAAAUAAUUCUUGAACUCACCAUCAAAGUUGGAAGACUCAUUAUCAGGGAGCACAAAGAUCACUUAAGUGAAUGUAAGUGUUGUUCACUAUUAAGAGUGCCGGACAUGCCUAUGAUUACAUCGUUAAUCGCUUUCUUUAGACUAUCAAAAAGCAUCUUACUUCACCUCAAAGGUAAGAGCACUUAUCUAUACAAGAUCUGAAGUGGAGGGAUAAAUUAUUCGAACCUUGAUUUCACAGCAAACCAAAUUAUAAUACAUGCUUCAUAUUGAUUGGGCUAAAUAUUAUACUAGUUAUUUGUAACAUAUAAAUACAAAAGUGCCGGGACCUAUAAAUAACUAACCUUUCUUUGCUGACUAGUGUUCAACAGAAGCAAUUUACAAGCCAAACUUAAAAUAAGAUGUGGAUUUUGUCUUACUUAAUCGAAAUACUUGGAUGUUCAUUCAUUGUUUAUAUGGUGGAGGACCUGAAGUCUCAGUUUAAGAUUAUAGCAAAGGAGAGGGAUUUGAGAAUUCAACUCAUAAACCUACUUUAUCGAGAGUCAGUUCAUUGUAGUCAGGAUUGGUAGAUACUGUUUCAUAUAUGAGUAUCACUCUGCCUUUCCAAAAAUCUUAAUUUGAACUGCCUCCUAUUGGAUUUUAUAACGAAUCUAAUUAUUGCUUUAUGCAUGCAGCUUUACAAACUCUAUUGUCAGUUGAAUAAAUAAAUUGUUGGAUGAUGAAUGAAGGGAAGAAAAUAGCCAAUUAAUAGUCAGAUAAGUACAGAUGGUUAAAUGCUUAUUUAGAAAUAAUCACAAUUGCAGUUAACAAAAAGGCAGGGGCCUUUAUUAAAAUUUAGUUAUUAAAGUAAUUGAUAAAAAGUAAAUUUGACCCCCGUCAAUAACACGAUUCCCAAGAAUUUUUAAGAUACUUCAUAGAGUAGUUGACUGUCGAAAUUUAAGGAUAAUUAAAGUAUGAUUAGCCAAUCACAGAGAUUGCCUUUCAGGGUUAGAUGAUGUCCUUGAUUAAAUGUGAUUAAUGUAACCAAUAAUCCUCUAAGUUUGAAUCAUUUUUGGAUUUAUCUUUGCCUAUGAAUAAGUUGCAAACCUUAGAAAAAUGUUUAAGAUUAUUCUUUGCCUAAGAGAUACUGAGUGAUCACUAUUAGUGUGAAAAUUGUUAUAAUGAAACCAGAGCAGUUAAAAAGUAUGUAAUUGGUACACCUCCUUUGUAUUUGAUGAUACAUUUAAAAAGAUUUCAGGUCUAUCCCAAUAGGAUUAAGUUGAAUGGACAUGUGAGAUUCCCAAUCAGUCUUGAUGUUUAAGAGUAAACUACAAUUCUAAAAUUAUCAUAGAUUUUGUUCCAUAAAAGCCAAAUACAAAUUAAGAUCAAUCAUUGUUCAUUAAGGAACACCUGAAAGAGGCCAUUAUGUUACAUUUUCAUCUAGACAAGAUCAGGUAAAGAAUCAUUUCUAUUUAAAUAGUGGUAUUAUUUUGAUGAUCACAAAAUAUAUUUAGUUACAGAACAAGAUGUUUUGUAGCAAUAGGCAUAUGUAUUGAUAUACGAAAAGGUUGAAGAGUAUCUUAUUGACAUGUAAUGA